CUUGGGUAAGUAAUUGACAACUUAAUUGAGUACUCCAUAUUACGAGAGUACAUGGCUAUAGCGGCACGCUGGCAUGCCGGCUUAUCUCCAACCAACACGGUAGAAUUAUUUCGCCAAUGAUCAUCCCACUCUUGUCAUUAAUACGUAACGCCCAAAAGAUAGCAAGAGUGGGGGAAACAUAGCAUACACAACAGAGAGGAGGAGGCAGAGUUACCGUGCGCCCGCCCGCUUCGAUUACCGAAAAAUGCAAUUGGAUUACUAACUACCCAAAAGUGAAUUCGGUAUCGUAAUUCGGAUGGUACCAUGGGAUUAUGCUACUCCCAUUUGGAAGCAUUAAUAUGCUCUAACUGACCUUAGCAAAGUGCCUUAACCAGAGCCCCAGAGAUCGAAGAAUUAAGUACACGGUGCAAUCGGCUAUGCGACUCUCACUCCCCCCCUCAUUUCAAUUCCUCGUUGUUGCUCUCUGUGAGAGAAUGGGGGUCGUCCAUCCUUCGAGAAGCUCGAUUCGAGACCUUUUGAAAGUGGUGAAUGAGAUUUAAUGCGUUAUUGUGGUUCCCGCCAAGAUGCAGCGACCUAAGCGUAAGAUUUCAAGUAGUGACGGUACCAAGCGGCUGUUCGCUUGUACUUACGACGGCUGCGGGAAAUCGUUCUCGCGGUCUGAGCAUCUUCAUCGUCAUCAGAAGAACCAUAGCGAUGGGGAUGCAACUUGCCCACGAUGUCGGGCCCAUUUCAAGCGACAGGAUCUUCUCGAGAGACAUCUAAGCCGGCAUAAACAAAAGGAUGAAGAAGCUGGAGGUGACGGUAUCGGUACCCUAAAUACGCGGAAACGCAUGUGGAAGGACCACGACGGGCGAAUUGUUCAGAAGAAACCUAUAGACUAUCCAUCCUUUGGUAAUGCCAGUCUGGGAGCGCCGUUAGUAGAAGGACCGAUCUCACCUCCUGUGUCAUCUCACAAUUCAGACCCCUUGAGCGACAACGACCCAACAAAUCCAGUAUUAGUCGAUGAUCAGAGUAUCUUGCCAGAGUACUCAUUGUCGGCGAGCCAACUUGACACUAGCGAGUAUUGGAUACCUCCAGAAGCAUCUCGACCUCGGGUUAUCGCACCAUCCCCCUUUCUCGAUAUGAACUAUGAUGACGUUUUUCAGCCGGAUACUGCCAGUUCUUUUAAUAUGCCAUAUACAACACAGGUGAAUUAUGACUGGCUGUUUAGUCUAGAUAGUAAUUUCCCUGGCACUGCCUUCUCGCAGCCCCCUUACGUUCCCUCUACAACCUUGGCCUCGUAUUCUUGCGACAUGCAACAGACUAAUCCUACGUGUCUGGCCCGAGCCAACUCCUCGUUGGAAGUGAGACAAUACGAUAGUAGCACUACCGAGAGCCCAUUAGCCUCGAUGACCUCACAAGACCACGUGAGCCCUCGGACAGGUUCUCAAAAUGAUACGAGCUCCAGUAUCUCAGAGGGAGCUAUGAUCAGUGUUUCCCCGCCAGAAAAGCGCGUUACCCCUGAGGAUACCGGAAGUACCCUUGAGGCGGAAUUUGAACGUCCUCUAGCCACACUCCAGCCGCUAGAUCACCUACCGCUUAUAAAUGAGUUCACAUAUACUCAGAUACUAGAAAGCAUUAAAAGCGCGAGGCCGUUGGCCCCUAAUGGUUCUCUUCUGGAUAUUAGCCACCCGCUCUUAUCUCAUGCCUCGUUACAAUUGUAUUGCGAUUUAUACUUCACAAGAUUCAACACGGCAUACCCGUUGAUUCAUGCGGUCACUUUCGAGCCAGAUCAAAAGGAAUCACUCCUAUUACUGUCCAUGAUUUUACUUGGAGCAACCUAUUCAGAGAAAGAAGCGCAUCAACUUGCUGUCUGCAUACAUGAUGUGAUCCGCCCAGCAAUAUUUUCUCACGCGAGCUUCAACCCCAAACCGGACCUUUGGAUGCUCCAGACAAUCCUGUUAGUCGAAUGCUUCGGCAAGAGCCGAGCGGGCCAGAAACAGCAUGAUAUGAGCCACCUCUUCCAUGGGAUGUUGAUAAAUCUGAUCAGGCGAUCUGAUUGCCAAUCGGUUCGACCAAUUAGGCCUUACGGAAAUAGUGAUAAAGGUGAUUCGAUAGACAAUUGUACUUGGAGGCAAUGGGUGGAGGCCGAAGAGAAGAAAAGGUUGGCACUUCUAUGUUUCAUGUGGGACACCCAGCACGCCGUUCUGUUCUGCCAGUCUCUAUGCAUGUCCGCCUUCGAACUUAGGCUACCUCUGCCUUGUAAUCAGGUAUUAUGGGAGGCGCCCACAGCCGCCGAAUGGGCGCGCCUCUCGCUCUCCACCGCUCCCGAGCCGAUGUACCUCAUGGCGCUGAAAUCCUACAUUACGCAUGAGGGAUACCGGGUUUCCCACGUCAACGGCCUAUCGAGAAUUAUUAUUUUCCAUGGUUUAAUGUCCAUAUAUUGGGAUAUGCGAAGGCGGGACCAAACAAGUCUUGGUGUUAUUUCCUCACAGGGCGGACGCUGGCAUUAUCGUCUUGGGACUGCAUAUCGGGCAUGGAAGGCGGAUUUCGACGCGUUCUGUCUCCGCGUUUCUGAUCUCACAUUUAGCGAGAUGAACAGCGGUGCCAUACCUGAGAAUGCAAAGGUCGAGCUCGACGUCUGGCAGACCGCAUACGUAGCCGUUUACCACGCUGCCCACGUGCUAUUACACUCGGAAUUUCUCGAUGUCCAGAUAUUCGCGGGCGCGCGACACAUCCUAGGCCGCUCAGUCCAGCGAUCUGACUUCAUACGAUCGGAGAAAGUCGUCAAGCGAUGGGCGGCGAAUCACGCUGUGCAGAAUGUAGGCGAGUCUGACGACGCGGCGUCAGCGGCUUGGCAUGCGGCCCAGCUGCUACAGAGCGCAUCCCAAAACUUCGCCGACUUUGAUUCUAUGGGCCUAUUCCACGUGCCGUGGUGCUUGUAUCUAGCCACCUUAACAAUAUGGACCUUUCACCAUACCGGUGCGAGAGCGCUCGGUGCCGGCCCCGACCAUGAUAGUGAACUCGUUUGGGACGCUCAGGCAGAGAUGCGUGAGAUAGUGGAUUUGAUGGUCGAGGCAGGCAUCGGGGGCUUAUCCGAAAUGCAGGGAUUAAAGCGCACGGGCGGGUUAGUAUGGGUUAUGGCUGAGACACUUAGUAAAGUACGCUGGGGAAUAGUCCACGCCGGUGUUACGGUACUCAAAGGCCUGGUACCGUGGAGAUUAAUAGGUCAAUUUGAUGAUGCCGCUGCUUAAAUCACUGUCGGAAUCGGUUGGCCCCCAAAGGUCUGGACCCCUAACCAAGAGCUGUGGAACGAGUCAUUUACCCAACUAAGGGCGAAGAAUUGGCCCCUUUUAUAUGUGUUGAAUGUGAGAUAGCUGAUAUCGUGGAUGAGGAAAUCUAUCUAGACUAGGUAGCGCGUAACUCAGUCGCCUUGGCUGGGAAUGCAUUAUAGGAAGUCCAGUAGUGACUAAUCCAAGAAAAAUGAACAUGUAAAUUGAGAUGACAUGUAUCCCGCAGAUGAGCUACCAGGUGUAAAGUAUACCGUACAACAUCCGUAAAUGGUGAUAAAGAAACCCAGGCUUCGCCAUGCAAAUAUGCCGCUUCCCAUUCCGAUCAUACGUACCUA